AUGUGGACAGUAGAUAUCAAACUCACCUACCUAGUUGACCGGCUCCUCCUGGUAUCAACAUCGAGCAUCGAAACGCCGAGGAAAGCUUCGCAUUUGUUGAUGCCACAUCUAUAUCUAAAAGAAGAAAUUGAAAGUGCAAAUUUUGAGGAGAUGUUCAAAUCUUUAAACUCUACUCAUGGGUCCUCGGAAUUUCGGACUAAGUUCCCGGAUUAUAUAUAUAUGGAUUGA